CACAAAAUGUAGCAAUAUCACCCAGCGCAGCCCCACCAGCCAAACGAUGCAUCGGCUGCUGCUGCUGUUGUGUUGUUGUGCUGUGGCCCUGGUGCCACGCAUGACGGUGGCAGAGGAUGUGAUCUGGGCUGAGAGCGUUGAUGGAUCUUACAGCGAUGGCCUGAAGUGGGACCCACAGUACCCUCCUUGCGGCGACAGUCGUGCCGUCUUGGCGGAUCAUGGCAAUCCAUACACGGUCACUGCUCGUGGUAACCAGUUUGCAGACACCAUCGUGUUUGCGGGUGCCGGUGCCCUCCUGACGUUUGACGCCAACUCGUACAUCCACUUUGGUGGUGGCGGCGGUGGUUCCGCCGCCGAUGAUGAUGCCACCAACGACUCGGCUGCACCCUGCAACCGCCUGAAUGUGGAGGCAGAGUCCACCGGUAUCCAGACCGUGCGCGUGUCAUGGACUAAUCUCGGCGCCAUGGCCACUUACAAUGUCACCUACAACGGCGUGCCUGUCAACGUGCCGUCCGGAGCUUCCUCUGCCACCAUCGCCGUCCCCUUCAAAGAACAGACAAUCGUGUUUGUGGUGGCAGCGGACGUGGGUGUCUCGCGAUCCAGAGCAACCGUAUCCAUCGUGCAUCGUCCCAGCGACUUCAACACCGCCAUAUGGACCAGCAGCGACGACGGCCUGUGGGUUGACCCAACCAACUGGGCCGCGAAGCAGCUCCCCGAGUGCUCCAACAACAUUCUCAUGCAGCCGGUCGACGCUGAGGCCGGUACGAUUGUGCGCGCAGCCCUGCCAUCGGGGCUCACCCAGCCCAUCGGCGCCACCAUCACCUUCACGCCAAACACGUUUAUCGCGUUUGGUCGCGGUUCCUACCUCCGCUUUGACGGCGGCACUGAUCAGCAGCAGCAGCAGAAUGAUGAUGAUGAUGAUGAUGAUGACAACGAGCCUUGUCUUCCCGUGGAUGGGGUGGAGCUUUGGACGUUCACACCCAAUAUUGCCGUUAUCGAGUGGACGGCAACUGCAACCGAAACCACCGCCAUCUUCAUUCGCGCCGAGUCUCCCACCGCCCCGUCCGUGCUGAACACAACAACAACCACCGGCAGCAGUGGCAGUGCAGCCUACUCCAUGUCGAUUGAAGGACUGUAUGCUGGCCACGAAUACACGUUCAGCGUGUUUGCUGUCGCCACCGAUGGCAGCCAAACCUUGGUCUUCUCCCGCACCCGCACCAUGCCCUACUUUGUCACUUACGAUGGCAGCGAGGGCAUGUCAUCGGCAACGCCCGUGUGGAUGGAUGACGAGGCGUGGUUUGCACGGCGGCAGAUUGGUCCGCGUGUCCCCCUCAUGCGCCAACCGUGCGACGAGCACGUGCUGCUCAUUAAUCCGGACACAACAUCAGACCUCGUGGUGGAGGUGGAAGCAUCAUCCUCCAUCGACGACUCGCCGCGCAUUCGCAGUCUGACAUUUGGGAGCGGAGGGACGUUUCUGGCGUUUGGCGAGGGCGCCUUUAUCCAAUUCGACGGGGCCACGGAUGCGCAGGCGGAUGGGUGUGAAUCCGUGGACUUCAGUGACGUUGCAUACACGACAACAACAAGCACAACCACCACCACCGCAAGCACAACAAGCACAACAACGACGACGACAACCACCACCACCACCACCACCACCACGGCGACGACAACGACAACAACAACAAGCACCACGACUGACACCUCCACCACCACCACCACAACAACAACAACAACAACAACAACAACAACAACAACAACAACAACAACAACAACAACAACAACAACAACAACAACAACAACAACAACAACAACAACAACAACAACAACAACAACAACAAUGGAGGCCCUGACAACGACACCACCAACAACAACAACGACGACGACGACGACGACGACGACGCUUGGACCACGAUCGUCGCGGCUGGAGCUGCUCAUGGACCUGCCGCCAGAGGACAUUGACGAACUAGCGCUGCGAUUUGCACUCUCCGACGCGCUCAACACGCGAUUGGGGAUGGAGGCAUUUGCUGAGGAUGACGUCAUUGUGCACAUCUCCUUCAACCUCAACGACAGGCGGCGUGCCGGGUCAUCAAAUGUCAUCGUGUUCCUCACGGCUCCGAGCCGCGCCGUCCACAACAACGCAUUCUGCCAGACCCUGGAGCUGUUCCCAAUUGGCGAAGGCACAUCGAAUCUCGUUGCACAGAACUACCAAGCGCGCACGGGCGUUGCUGCGUCCAUCACCAUCACAGCACUCAUGGGAUGCCCAGACUGCAGCUGCUCAGGCGGCGAGAGCACCAACGGAACUUUGAUUGGCGACGUCGUCUGUCCCAACGGCGGCAAUCCCGUCCUGGAGGGCGUGCGGUGGACAUGCUACAUCGAGCCGACGUGCAGUGAUCCCAAUGCGGAGUAUCACCCAGAGUUUCAAGCGUGUAUCGCAGACGCAAAGUCUGCAUCGUCAUCGACUGCUUCGUCGACGGUGUACAUUGGCAUUGGCGCCGGUGCUGGUGUUCUCAUCCUCAUCAUCAUCGCCCUCAUCAUCGUCCUCACGCGCCGCUCCGCUGGUGGAAAAGCAAAGAAGAAGGGCGACAUUGAGAUGAGCUCGCUUGGCAGCGGGAUGUGGGCCAUUGACCGUCGUCGCAUUCGUCUCGGCGACAAGCUCGGCAACGGCGCGUUUGGCGACGUGUUCAAGGCGUGGAUCAGGAAUCCGGGCACACACGAGGAGCGCACGUGCGCAGCGAAGACCCUCAAAGCCGGCGCACCCGAGCGCGAACAACGCGAUUUUGAGCGUGAGAUUGCGGUCAUGAAGGAGAUUGGGCCCCACCCCAACAUCAUCGGCAUGAUUGGCCACAGUACAGAGGCGGAGCCCCGCAUGCUGCUUGUCGAGUUGGCCGAGCACGGCAACCUUCGCGAUUAUCUCAGGCGCUGCCGCUCGCACCGCGACCAACCCCAGCGCCUGUCUGUUCCGGAAAUGGUCGACUUUUGCCUCCAAAUCGCAAACGGAAUGGCGUUCCUCUCCUCCCGCAACGUCGUGCACCGCGAUCUUGCCGCCCGCAACGUUCUUGUUGGCAAGAAUCACAGCCUCAAAAUCUCCGACUUUGGCCUCGCUCGCGAAAUGGAGGAGGACACGUAUCAUGCGACGGGGAUGAAGCUUCCUGUCAAGUGGAUGCCGCCUGAGGCCAUUCGCGAUCGCAUCUUCACCACCAAGGCGGAUGUGUGGGCGUUUGGCGUGACCAUGUGGGAAGUGUUUUCGCUCGGCGGCACACCAUACCCAACACCGGUGAGCGGCUGCAUCGGGCCUAAGAACUCUCCGAUUGAGAUGUACAAUCUCAUGCUGCGCUGCUGGGAGGAGGAUCCGGACAGGCGUCCGGACUUUGCUGAUAUUGUUGGCGAAAUCACGCGCAUCCGCGCCAACGGCUUUGCCUUGCCUUCGGACGACGCCGACACGGGUGUUGGCAGCGACGAGUCGCUCUAUGCGCAGAUCAACUCUGCAGAAGAGGAGACGGGACUCAAGGCCGACAGGCGCGCUUCCCGCGUCGCAUGGGAGCCAGAAGGUGUUGGGGCGUGGAUGUCUGAGAGCGCAUACGAGGUGCCUGAUGGCGACGCUUACGAAGCACCGGACAGCCACGACAGAGCCUAUGACCACGCUGCAAACAGGAAGGAGCGCUUGUAUGAGGUGCCGGUCUCCAGCAACGCGUCGUCCACCUACGAUGCCGUCACCCGCCACCCAGACAAGCAGGCUCCCAACGUGUACGACAACAUCGCCAGUGGCAAAGAUCAGUACGAGCCCGAGUACGACGUGGUGGAGACAGAGGCGCGUACGCACAUCAACACCGUGUACAGCAACGCAGGUGCCGGCCAGCCCAAGAAGCCAGCCAUCAACCUGCUCACUGGUCAAGUCAUUGCCCCUUCAAGCACAAGCGCGUCGUCUUCAACACCAGCCACAUCCUCCGCCAAGUCUGCUGCCCGCGCGGAUGGGUUCUCGCCAAACCCAAUCUACCCAGCACGCAGCCACGGCGGUGGUGAUGGCACUGGGCGUGUUGGCGUCGUGUCACGGACCAGUCUCCGUGUUGACCGCGGCCCACGCCGCCUGCAGAGCCGCGUCAUCAUGCAGGGCGAUGAUGGUGAUGAUGAUGACGGCAUGCGCGACUUUGACGAGGAAGAACUGGAGGCAUGA